AUGGGGAGCCAGGGGCCUGGAGGGCUGCCCCUGGUACAGGCCCCCUACACAGUUCUGCUGCUGCCAUUAGGGACAAGCCUGCAAGACCCAGGGGCCCGGAGCUUCUUCCUCUGGCUGCAGAAGAUGCAGGCUCUGGAGAGAGAGCAGGACGCCCUGUGGCAGGGGCUGGAGCUGCUGGAGCACGGCCAGGCCUGGUUUGAGGGCCGUCUGAGGGAGGCACAGCAACAACAGCUGCAUCUGGGGGCUCUUGGUGAGAAUUUUCUAUCAGAUUUACACUCAGAGCCUGGUGGCCCCCAGUUAGCCCAGAUUCAAAAUAUGAACAUCUGUUUGCAGAAUCUGAUUCAGGAGAAGUUCUCCCCACAUCCCUCGAAUCAGGCUAGUUCCUGUGCCACCCAGGACUGGAAGGGAAGGCCAAGGAAGCAGACGGCAUGGCAGCAGCAGGUAAACUGUAGGGAAUUGUCAAGGCAGCAGAAAGGAGGCACUCAGCCCAAAGGGGAGACUGCUCAGCUGGGCUGCCCCAAUAUGCGGAGGGGCCCCACCCAUGUGUGA